CGGGGUCUGGGACGGAGUGUAGGCCCAAGCACCGCCCCCUAGGGGGCGGAGCCCCAGUCCCGGACUGGCCUAAGCCGCCGCAGGACACCAUGAAGCAGCUGCCAGUCUUGGAGCCUGGAGACAAGCCCAGGAAAGCAACAUGGUACACCUUGACCCCCACUGGAGACAGCCCAUGUGCUCGGGUGGGCCACAGCUGCUUGUAUUUACCCCCAGUUGGUGAUGCCAAGAGAGGGAAGGUCUUCAUUGUUGGCGGAGCAGAUCCAAACAGGAGCUUCUCAGACGUGCACACCAUGGAUCUGGGAACACACCAGUGGAGUUUAGCCACCUCGGAGGGCCUCUUGCCCCGGUACGAGCAUGCCAGCUUCGUUCCCUCUUGUACACCCCACAGCAUCUGGGUGUUUGGAGGUGCCAACCAGUCCGGAAAUCAAAAUUGCCUACAAGUUCUGAACCCUGAAACCCGGACUUGGACCACGCCAGAGGUGACCACGCCCCCACCUUCCCCAAGAACAUUCCACACAUCCUCAGCAGUCAUUGGAAACCAGCUGUACGUCUUUGGCGGCGGAGAGAGAGGCGCCCAGCCCGUGCAGGAUGUGCAGCUUCAUGUGCUGGACGCAAACACUCUGACCUGGUCACAGCCAGAGACACUUGGAACACCCCCAUCCCCCCGGCAUGGUCAUGUGAUGGUGGCAGCAGGGACGAAACUCUUCAUCCAUGGAGGCCUGGCAGGGGACAAAUUCUAUGAUGAUCUUCAUUGCAUUGACAUAAGUGACAUGAAGUGGCAGAAACUAAGUCCCACCGGGGCAGCGCCCCCAGGCUGUGCUGCCCACUCGGCUGUGGCUGUCGGGAAGCACCUGUAUUUCUUUGGAGGGAUGACUCCCACAGGAGCGCUAGACACAAUGUACCAGUAUCACACAGAAGAGCAGCAUUGGGCCUUACUUGAAUUUGAUACUUUCCUACCCUCCGGACGAUUGGACCAUUCCAUGUGCAUCAUCCCAUGGCCAGUGAUGUGCACUCCUGAGGAAGAAGAUUCAAAUCCUGUCCCUCUAAACUGUGAUGCGGAGAAAGGGGACUCCACUGCCAAAGGAGCAACUCGAGGCGCCGACUCACAGCAGGAAAGUCAGACUGACUCACUGCUCUGUUUUGUGUUUGGUGGGAUGAAUACAGAAGGGGAAAUCUACAAUGAUUGUAUCGUGACUGUAGUUGACUAAUAAAACCCACAUUGUUGUUAAAGGCAA